ACUACGAGCUAUGCUCAUUUAAAUUUGUCACUUUGACACUGGUCUAUAAAUAUAUGCGAAAAAUGCUAUAAUUUUUCGUGCAUUUAACCAAACUAAACAAUAAAUGAUUGCAAUUUAAAAAGUGUUUGCUGUUGUUGGCGACAAGUGCGAAAGAAACUACUUUUUUUUUCUAUUGUUGACAAGCGCUAAUGACAAUAACAUAACCUACAAAACGUAUAGCUAACCAAGAUGACCGAGGAGAGGCUAGUGACGGAAGUUCCCAGCAGUUUAAAGCAGUUGGCCCGUUUGGUGGUCAGGGGUUUUUACUGCAUAGAAGAUGCCUUGAUUGUGGACAUGCUGGUGAGGAAUCCCUGCAUGAAGGAAGACGAUAUCUGUGAGCUUUUGAAGUUCGAGAGGAAAAUGCUGAGAGCGAAAAUAUCCACGUUGAAAAAUGAUAAAUUUAUUCAAGUCAGAUUGAGGAUGGAAACAGGAUUUGAUGGUAAAGCACAGAAAGUGAAUUACUAUUUCAUAAACUACAAAAGCUUCGUCAAUGUGGUCAAAUACAAGUUGGAUUUGAUGAGGAAGAGACUGGAGACUGAGGAGAGGGAUGCCACAAGCAGGGCCAGCUUCAAAUGCCCAAAUUGUUUGAAGACUUUCACAGAUCUGGAAGCAGAUCAGCUCUUUGAUUUUAUGACGAGCGAGUUUCGGUGCACUUACUGCAAGGAGGUCGUGGAGGAGGAUCAAUCUGCCAUGCCAAAGAAGGAUUCGAGACUACUGCUGGCUAAAUUCAAUGAGCAGUUGGAGCCUCUGUAUAUACUGUUGAGAGAGGUCGAAGGCAUCAAGUUGGCGCCAGAAGUACUCGAACCGGAACCGGUCGAUAUCAGUACGAUCAGGGGAUUGGACAAGAAAUUCCUGCACAACGGCGGGGAAACCUGGUCCGGAGAAGCAACAAGGAAUGCUGGAUUUGCCGUCGAAGAGACGAGAGUGGACGUUACCAUCGGUGAUGAUAAUGCUAACGCGAACGUUGUCAGCAGGAAGGAGCAACCGAUUUGGAUGUCUGAAUCUACGGUCAUCACAAAUACGGACAACGUUCUCGACUCGAAAGUCACCGAAACAAUCACUGAAGAGAUUGAUUCGACAGCUGGAAAGAACGACGAUAUCAUGAGCGUGCUUCUGGCACACGAGAAGAAGGCGACAAACACAGCCGCUGCAAACGCCGUCAAAGGUUUGCCGAACGAAUCUGAUUCGAGUUCGGACGAAAUGAUGGCCGAAGUCAAGGAUGAUCUGGUCGAAGUGGAGACGAUGGAUAGCGACGAGGAGGACGAUUCCAACGUCCCUGUGGUCACGGUAGGCAACAGGACGUACGCCAUAACGGACAUCAACGACACGAUAAUUGCGCAAAUGUCGCAGACCGAGAAGGAGUUUUACGUUCAACUGUUCCAAGACUAUUUCUCGCACAUGAGUUAUUAAAAUAAUCGGUACGCGUUAUUAAGGGUUUCACUGACUGUUGUUGUUGUUGUUCAGGAGAAUGCGAGAUGUGUCGUCGUAAUAUCACAGAACUGGAGAAGGAAGAUAGUAGAGGCAAGCGAUGCGAUGAAGUAACAACAAAAACUAGAUAUUUUCUGAACUCCCGCCCUGUAACAUGUAGUACUUGUAAAUAUCUAAAACACAAAUCUAUUUACAGAUAUAUAUAUGUAUACAUAUAUGUGAUUUCCAAUGAGUUUUUUUUUAAUUUG